GCGGGGCUGCCUCCAUCCCUGCACUUCCCCUGCAGCCUUGCUGUUGUCUGUGCAGGGAGCUGGGUGGGCAAACCCUGGGCAGAAUUGCCGGGUAUCCCCUCGGCUGUGAAAUAAGGAAAUGGUGCUGUCGCUUUCAGGCAGGUCCAGGGUGCUGGUUGCCCUGUGGAGGAGGAGGGUGUUUGCUGGUGUUGAGGUGGUAGUAGGUUUGAUGACCUGUGUGUUCCAGCAGCGCGGCACAAGGAAGUGCGAUGGCCUUGGCGUCCCUUGGUUUCACACUUUCGUUUCCCAGCUCCAGUAGUUAGUCAGAUGAAAUAGCAGGUCUUCGUUCACCUCGGGCUGAUGAUCCAAACAGUGGUGUUCUUAAAGCAACAUACUUUAUCUGUGUACAGGUGGCUGUUUGGUCAGCAGUAGGUGAAGAUAGUUUUGAUGGACUUACGAUAAGGAGGGUAAGGUGUGCCGAUGUUAAUGUCAAGCCAUAUCCCUCUCCAAGCCCAAAUCUCAUUUUUUAUAAAGGCAGUAGGUGUUUACAGGUGUGCUUUGCUAGAUCCUAUCAAUGAAAAGUAACUGGGUGGGAAUGUCUUGCCUGCCUCCACAAACCUGUCAACAGCCACCUAACAACCGCUUUGUGCCGAGGUCUGUGCUGCAACCAUCCAUUGUAUAAACACGAGAGAUGCCAGGACUUGUGAAAAAAGUUCUGCAAGUCAGAUUUCAGAAGUCAUACUUUUCUUAAGAAGCAGGGCUACAGUGAGCCACAGUUUCUAGUUGUGUAUCAGUGCAACACCCUUGAAUGUGCAAGAAACAAGAUGUCUGCAGACUGACUGUUGUGCUUUUUAGGGAGAUACAGAAGACAGAUGAAAAAUCACCCUGUCUUGAGAGUGAGGCCUGUAUUUGUGUAGUUCUCGCUUAAUUCUGGAUUUUGCCAUCCAAGCUUAGGACAGUAAAACAUGAAACAAGUAAGCAAAACCCUUGGAAACAGAGAUGUUUGAUAAACAAAAUUUCAGUGCAGCAAGUAGAAGCUGAAAGGAAUUGAAACCAUCAGAAAUGAAACAAGAUUCCUGAAGCCCAGAAACUGGGGAAACUAAUGGGAUUAUCUUCCUGGGUCCUGACAAUUUGUUAUCUGUUUGUGUUCAAUGGGGCAACGAAUUCACUUUGUGGUUGACCCUCAGGGUUGGUGUUGCAUGGGCCUAAUUAUCUUCGUCUGGCUGUAUAAUACAAUCUUCAUUCCAAAGGUCAUCCUUUUUCCUCAUUAUGAAGAGGGAAAUAUUUCAGUCGUGGCAGUUUUUUGUUAUUACUUCUGCUCAUUGUUUUGUGUAGCUUCAUUAUUUAGAGCCUCAGUAGCAGAUCCAGGAAAACUACCUGAAAAUCCAAAGAUAUCAAUUACAGAACGAGAACACUGGGAGUUAUGUAACAAAUGCAAUAUGAUGAGACCAAAGCGUUCACACCAUUGCAGUCGCUGUGGACAUUGUGUGAGGAGGAUGGAUCACCACUGUCCAUGGAUUAAUAAUUGUGUUGGUGAAGACAAUCACUGGCUGUUUUUACAGCUGUGUUUCUACGCCCAGAUCCUUAGUUCCUAUACGCUGAUACUUGACUUCUGCCAUUACUACUACUUUUUGCCUCUGAAAAAAGAAAACUGGGAUGUAUUUGUAUUUAGACAUGAACUUGCUCUCCUAAGAAUAUCUGCCUUCAUGGGUCUAAUAAUAUUCGGUGGAAUAAGUCGACUCUUUUACACUCAGCUAAUGGGUAUUUUCACUGACACUACAAGUAUAGAAAAAAUGUCUAACUGUUGUGAAGACAUAUCGAGGCCCCGAAAGCCAUGGCAGCAGACCUUCUCAGAAGUUUUUGGCACUCACUGGAAGAUCCUGUGGUUUAUUCCCUUCAGGCAGCGGCAGCCACUGCGAGUUCCCUACCACUUUGCCAAUCAUGUCUAAACAGAUGGAUGGUGGGCACAGAUGGGUCCUCCGUGCUGGAAGUGCAUUACAGGUUUUAUGAUAAUAGGACUAUGGCAGUCUUCAAGUCAAUUAAAAUCCAGUUGCAGGCAUCACAGUGUGCCCCGGGCAUUAUUUUAGUUAUGGUCUUGAUUUUAUUCUGAAAUUGAGGCAAGUUAAACAAUCAACUUCAGGCUUAUUUACUUUCAAAUUAGCUUUCCAAAGGGAUUCCUGUUGUCUUCGAAGUUAAUACCAAAAACAAACAAUUGGAAUGUAGCCUUCAUGCAGUUUGAUACUGGCUCGUCUUUUUUUCUUCCCUUUUAUUUUUUUUUGUUCUAUUCUAUUUUUUGUGUAGAAAGCACUGAAGUUAGAUUUCUCACUAAGUGUCUUAUUCUACCAUGAAAUUUUUUUUUAGGAUUUUUAUCAGUAGGUCUGUCUGAAUAAUAAUAAUGUCUUUUUUUGCUGCUGCAUAUGUUUAAAAUUCUGUGAUUCUGCCAGUUAUUUAUGAUAUGCAAAAGUAAUCCUGCAGCACUGCACUAUAAAAGGUAACAUUGAGAGCUGAAGCAGAGUACUUCCUAAACCUUUCUCAGAGAGGUUUUGUAGAGACACACAAAUGUGUGUGUUUACAUAGAGAACAGCUUACAGUUAUCUUCUGGCCUAGAUAUGAUGUUAGUGAAAGUGUUCAUGUCUUUAUGUCAGUGAGAGGGAUUAAAUAUUUAAGGGUAAACUAUGCAGAUACAAAGCACGUUUUCCCUAAAUCCCAAGGAUUUGAAUCAGCAAUAAUCAAUAAAGUAGUUGCAUGGUGCAAAUACUAGAAUGAUUACUUUUAAAAAAUAUAGAUGUAGUUAGUAUAAUGUGUCAUAAAGAGUAUAUUGUCAAUGAAGUUAAAAAUUUUAUAUUUACUUUUCUUUAGUCUUGAUUAACUGGAAUUGGUCUGUUUGUAUAUUUGAAAUAAAAGUAAUUAAAAUAUUUGUACAUAAAUAUAGAUUUGCUAUUAACACGAACAGUGAAGUAUAUAAACAUAUUUAAUAGGGUAAUAUGUUGAUGUUGAUAGCUUGUUUUCCCUUUUAAGUAUGGAAGUUGUUAACCAAAGAAAGCGUCUUUUAGAUCUGGUAAAAUGAUAAUUAUUUCCAAAGUACCAGCUCAGUCUUCUGUAUCUGAAAAAGUUUUGCAUUUACUUUAGCCCUCUGUGUCUAUAGAAAUAUUAACUUCAGGUGACUGUGAAAACUACUGUGGAUUUCUAGGAGAAAUUCACAGCUCAGUGUUUCCAGUUAUGCUGCUUACUGUGUUUUUUGAAUAGUCUAACAGGACUAGGAUCCCCCCUAAAUAACAGCCGUGCAGCAGGACACAAUAAAAGACACAAAGUCAGGAUUUUACACAUGUAGUUUGUGCAUAAAGUAAAAGUUACUUCAAAAAACAAGGGUAAGAUUUUUCAUGACUGCUGUUUGCAAAAAAUUUUUAGAUCAACUUUCUUAAAGUCUUAGUACAGUUAGUGCCAAUGUUAGGUGUCCCUUUAUUGAAUUAACAGAUUUUGAUCUGCUGUAAGUUCCAAGAAUUGCAUCUUAAAAAUCACUUGAACUUUAAACUUUUGUAAACGUCUAACAUUUGAUCCAACUUUAUUUUUCUUGUCCUAUUAAAAAUAGAUGCAGUGUUUUAUUAAUUUAAAUUUCAAGCCUAAUGUUCAGCUAUUUUCCUUUUCUUUUUUUUCUCAUGCCUUGUGUAGUGAGGUUAGACUUUCUCUCAAGUGGUAUUGGCAUAUUGGCAGCAAUACUGAAGGAAAAAGAAGCUCGAGGAAAUGGAUGAAAAGACUGAAGCAGUGCUUGAAAUUGAAAGGAAUCCAUACAUAAUAAAGCAAUGGCUCUGUUAUUUUCUUUUCCUUCCCCUCGCUAUUUUGGUGUCUGGAAUAUACAGGGAAAUAAUAUUUCAUUUUCCAUGCCAAUAUUUAAAUGUUUCAUGAGCAAAACAUAGUUCGAAGUUUUUAAUGCUAAUCAGUUUUCAGAGCGGAUUGUACAGUUCUGAACCUUAUUCAGAAAGAGAACCAAGAAUAUAACUAUUUUUGGUAUGUUUAUCAUGGGGGAUAUAAUUGUAUGUUUAGCUUCCCAGUAUUCUGUUUCAGGCUGGAAUAACAGUUAUACUUUCCAGCAAGCAAUGAACAUCAAAAUCUUGCCUGAUUCUCAAACAAAAAUGCUAAUUUCACAAAUUCAUGUUCUCAGAUGUUUCCAUGUUGUUUGAUUUCCUUUUAAAUCUACUUUUUCUCAGUCUCCUGCUCAUCAUAACUGAUAAUAUUCAUCAUAAUUGAUGAUAUCAUAAUUGAUACGCAUCAAUUGGCAACAUAGUUAAGACUGCUAGUUCAUUUUUGUCCCUUUUCUAGGUAUUUGGGGGACAAAGGGGAGUCCUGACAUUUUAGGAGGUACUAAACUUUAUUCUUUGAAUAAGAGGCAUCUAAAAUGGCAAAAGUAGUAAUUUUUUUCUUAAUUCAGCUGAAGCACCCUAUCAUGUUAUUAGUUUCUCCAAGUAAUGUUUCUGAAACUAAUUUCCAGAAUGAGUUGUUCUGUCAGGAAAAAUCAGACUUUUAUCAAGCAAUUUAAAAUCCUCCAGACCUUGAAAUUCUUGAAUCCUUUGACCAUUGCUUUCUUUCCCUCCUUAGGGAAAGAAAGUCUUCCUUAGGAUUCUUUCUUUUAGUAGAAACUAUAUUUUAAAGUUUGAUUAGUGUUUGUCAUUUUUAUGCAUUAAAAAUAAUCUUAUAGACAGUGUUACUAAGUUUCAUCCUAAUAUAAUAUCAGAACAACAUGUACUUUAUUGAGAAAAGUGAAUAUUAUCUUCUGACUUGGCAAUAUUUGAUUUUCUGAAAGGCAGCUUGAAGAGAACUUGAAGAACCAAUGAACUCCUCCCUGAAAAAAAUUUGAAAGUAGCUGGUUUAUUUGCAGUGUGGGAUCACUUCUGGUAGGACCAAAAAAUGUUAACUUGCUAUCUUCUCAUAAUCACAGAUUUGAGAUUUCACUUGAAAAAUGCUGAUGUCUAAAAUAAAAGACAAUGUCUUAAAUAAUAUCUGUGAAUCUGUCCUCUGAUCUGUUGCUGUGAAUGAGAGGUUUCAUCACACAGCUGGUCUAGUAGUUCAGGGGCACAGUAAUUUUCACUCUUGAGGAGGAGUUAUGAGUCUUGCAUUUUCAUAUACAUGGAAUUUUAAGAAUAGGUUUUCUAUGCAUCUGUCUUUAUUAAUAUACUUAACUUUUAAAAUAUGUUCUGAGCUGUCCUUCAGAUAUUCCUGAGAAUUAUUUUGAUUAAAGGGUUUAUAAAUACAUGGCUAAUAAAACACCAAGUGGAAUGUCAUGUGUCCUGGUUUAACACCAGCCAGCAAUUAAGUACUCACGGCCACUCAGUCAUUUCCCCCCAGCAGGAUGAGGGGAAGAAUUGAAAGAGUAAAAAUGUGAAGCUCUUGGGUCAAGAUAAAGACAAUCUAUAGGUUUGAUAGGUAAACUAAAAGCCAUACUAGCAAGCAAAGCAAAAUAAAGAAUUAAUUUACUGCUUCCCAUGGUCAGGUAGGUGUUCAGCCAGCUGUAGGAAAGCAGGGCUGCACUGCAUGUGACAGUGACUGGGGAAGACAAACCGUCAGUCCAAACAUUCAUGUGUUCCACCUUCCCCCAGCUCUGUUUGAUGAGCAUGACACCAUGUGCUGUGGAAUAUCACUGGAGUCACUGGGGUCAGCUGUCCCCUCCCAACUCCUUGUGCACUCCCAGCCUCCUUGAUGGGUAAGGAGCAAAAAAGGCCCUGUCACUGUGUUUCCUUCUGGCUCAGCUGAAAGGAAAGCAUACCUGUGCUAUCAACACUCUUCCCAGCACAAAUCCAAAACACAGCCCUGCAUUAGCUAACCUGAAGAAAAUUAUCUCAUCCCAAACCAGCCGAUCAUGACAAAUCACAUUGUUGUUUACAUUCAGAAUCCAGGGUAUUUCAUUGUUUAUGUUACCAUGUUUGGUUGAUGAGAAGCUCCACAUGACCUGGUAACGUGUGCUUUCAGCACAGCAAACCACCUAUACCCUGCGCUGCAUCAUAGGAAGUGCAGCAAAAAGGUUGAGGGAAGUGAUUUUCUCCCACUAAGGAGUUAAUCUAAUUCUAAAUUAGAAGUAACCUAUUCUAAAUUAGUUGAAGUAUUAGGAUCUCAAAAGUAACAGUGUGGUGCUGAAUGGUGCUAGGAACUGCUUUUGGGAAGAACAGUCCAUACUUAGGUAUAAUUAUACAUUGUCCAUACUUAGGUAACAUACUACAUGACUGAAUACUUCAGGAAACAUUCCUCAAAAGAUUUUUAUACUACUUUCUUAGUGGCUAUUUGCCCUUAGAAGGUGUUGAAAUACUUGUAUCUGUGGAUUGCAUAAGGCCUAGGAUUUCAGUUCUGCUGAAAUUAUCCAGUGGCAUCUUGUGUCUUGGCCAGGCUAUGGCAGAGUGGUUAAAGCCUCUUGUAGUAAUAAGGGCCAUCUAAGUAUCAACUGUAUAACUGUAAGAAUAACUUACAUUUACACAGAUUUUCAAGUUAGAAAAUAGAAAAUUUAAUUUCUAAUAUGUGUGCACUUCUGGGUAUUUAAAUGCACAUUACCAGGACUCAUAUCUGUAUAUCAGAGUAAUCUGCAGACAGAAAAUUAACAUCUAUCUCUUUAACAAGCAGAAAAAUAGUACUGAUUUUUGUAAACUAGCAUUCUGAAUUUUGUAGCUGAAAUGUGGGCAUGUGAUUGAGUUUUAUUCAUUUGUUCUUAUAUCUCUGUUCAUUUAUUCAUUUGUUCAAGUUUGAUCUUGACUGUUUUCAAAUAAUGCUGAAUGAAGUUCCUGCUGGAGUUGAAAAUUAUGAGGUCUAACUCAUAAUUCUAACUGGUUAUGCCUGAAUGGUAAUGUACAAGAUGAAUGACUGAAUAAUAUCAGAACAGGAUGGCUUACUCUGGUAUUCUUUUAAUCAAAUCUGAAAAUGGAUGACUAUGUUCAGCUGAUAAGCAAUGUAUUUUUUUUUUUAUGUUUGUCAAUUUCAUUCAUGUAAUGUUUCUGUGAAAUUCUUUAAAAUUUAUUAAAAUUAUGGUUUAUUUUUUCA